CAUAACCAAAUAUUUUCUCCUUCCGAAGAAAUCACGAAGAUGAAAUUCCUGGCUGUAUUCGCUCUCCUGGUGGCGGCGGUGGCUGCUGACUUCAGCGGCUGGUCUCUGCAUGAGCUCUCUGAGGCCAUCCAGAACCCCAACACUGACCCCGCUCUGCUGCCCGCCAUGGAGGAUGCCCUCAACCAAUUGAUGGAACAAAUCUUCGCUGAAGAACCCGUGGUACCUGUCGACACUGGCGCCCCCGUUGACCUGACUGGAUGGACUCUCCACGACCUGGUUGCUGCCAUGGAGAACCCUGAGACCGACCCCGCUCUCAUGCCCUACCUCGAGCACGCUCUCAACGAGAUGAUGGAUGCUAUCUACGCUGGUAUCCCCGUGGAAGCCGUCGGUGUUCCUCCCGUCCAACUGGAAGUCACCCACUGGACUCUUGCUGAGCUUUCCGAAGCCAUCCAGAGCCCCGAGACUGACCCCGCUAUGAUCCCCUACCUGGAACACGCCCUCAACCAGAUGAUGGAUGCCCUCUACGCCGGACACCAGUUGGAAUCUAUCGCCAUUGUCGCCCCCGCUGGUCUGGCCCCUGCCAAGCCCGAGAUCGUCAACCCCAUGCCUGUGGUAGAGCCUGCAGAACCCGUCCCCGAACCCAUUGAGGCCCCCGUUGUCCCUGAACCCGCCCCAGUACCUUCCAGCCCCCUGGUCCAGAUCAUCGUCAACAUCAACCAGCAAUAAAUUAUUAUCGGAAUUGUUUGCAUAGAUGACUUUCUAUACAAAUAAAUAAAUAAAGCUAUUUAUCGUUAUA